UACUGUUGUUGUUUUAGUUGUUGAGCGACAGUGACCAGCCGAUGGAGAAGUGGACGCAAAGAGACGUGCCCAUUGAAAAGCCCACAGUGCCUCUCAACAGCCUGAAGAUGAUGUUUGAGAAAGGAGAGACCCUUCACAACAACGUGUCUAGAGACAGUGGAUCCGAGAAUAUGGAACCAGGAGAUAAAGAAAGUCUUGACUCUGGAGUCAAAAUGGUGGAGUCCACCCCUCUCAGGGACCGAAUGGCCAUGUACCAGGCAGCUGUGACUAAGCAUGAUUUCCCUUCCUCCUCCACUAGUGAACCAGCAGACAAUGAAGUCCGCAGUCACAGUGGGAAGCAGAAGGAAAAUGUGCCGCCAGUGUCUGCUGAUGUGGGCUCUGAAUCCAACACUAUGAAAAGUCCCAAUUCAGACAGGAAUGGCGCUGUUACAAGUCCUGAUCAAAACCAGCCUAAAGCUGUUAGGAAGUUCCGUUUACCUGUCCUUGAAACCUGUGUGACGUGCCUUAAGACCGUGUACCCGCUAGAGAAACUUGUAGCAAAUCAGCAGAUUUACCACAACACCUGCUUCCGCUGUGCCUACUGCAACACUAAACUCAGUCUGGUGAACUACGCCUCUUUGCACAACAACGUCUACUGCAAGCCGCACUUCUGCCAGCUGUUUAAAGCCAAGGGCAACUAUGAUGAGGGAUUCGGCCACCGACCCCACAAAGAGCUUUGGGAGAUGCGAGGAGAAGGAGCCGAGGAGCAAGAGAAGCUGUCUCCUCAAGAAACCACCUCCAGCACAACCGUAGAGGAGUCUCUGGUAAAAGUGAAUGUGCUUGCGGCCACUUUAGAGACCCGAACCCAGGCCACCUCUCGGAGGGUGGAGAAGCCACUGGAGACGGGACGACUCAAGAUCUCCUGGCCGCCGCAGUCCGAAGGGGACGAGAGCGCAACCCAUGUGUGUGGAUCUACCGACGACAGUGGCAUCAAACCCAUCCGCCCGAAAUGGCCUCCACAGGGCGACACGGUAUCAAGCAACUCCGACCAAUCUGAUCUCCCAAAGAUUCGCAGGAGUGUCUCACUCAAGGAGAGAAGCAAGCCGUUUUCCAUCUUCAGCUCCGCGCGGGUCACCCAACCCAGCAAGAGAUGCCAAAGAUCUCCUUCAAAUGAGAAGCCUAGCUCGGAGGAGGAAAUGUCACCCGUUUCUUCCACCACUGACACUGUGAUCUCUUCAGAAGACAUGACCGAACACAACCGAUCAGAAGAGGAGGAACCGGGUGAAACGGAAACCAAGGAGGAAGACCAUGAAGAAAAGAUGGAACAAGAGGAGAAAGUGGAAGCACAAGAAGAGGAACUUUCCUCUCUGCAGUGCAGCUCACCAGACAACAGUCCUUCAUCGUCGCCCGAGAGCGAGUCUGGGUUCGAUCCCGAGGAGAACCAGGCCUCACAAGAUGUGGGCUUUUGGGAUGGAGAAGAAGCUGAGGAAGACAGAGCGGAUGUCACCGUGGAGGACCUCAUUAAGAGGAACCGUCAUUAUGACGAUGAGGACGAGGAAGAUGUGGUCUGAGUGAUAGAUUAGAUGCCCAUGGACUGUCAUUUCCCAGAAGCACCAGCGUAUUUUCGUUUGUGGGUCUCCAUCUGUCUUUUGUGCAAUUUUUUUCAUGUUUUCAGCUUUUACAUGUGCCUGUAAAUGUAAAUGAACUAAAAACCAAGUAGUUGUCAGGUUAUUCCGAAGGUUUCUCUAGUCUAGAUGACACACUAGAGCUCUUACCAUGUCUUCAGGCCUAGUUUUAUGAAAUUUUAAUUCAUUCUCUACUUUUUCUAGGUUUUUUUAUAUACUAAUAGGCUGGAAUAUUUGAUUGUGCUGCAGAAUACAAUUAAAAAGAGAGAUGAAAAAAAUGUUGCUAUUGCUUUAAGAAUUUAAAUUUGAUUAUUAGGCCAAUCUUAGUAUGUUCAGUUCAAGCACCCGUCUUUUGUUUUUUAUUUCACACAAGUGGUCUAUCACUACUGUAAUGCACUUGGAUGUACUUUAAAUGUUAAACACCUCGGCUGUACCACAUAUGAUAAUUGGCAACCUUUGAAUGUUUUAUUUUAUUACAAAAUUGUAUUUAACUAUUUUAAAUGUCACUUCUUUUUUUUUUAUCAUGGGACCAAAUAUCUUGGAAUACUUUUGUUUCAAAUAAAUUUACUGCUACAA